AUGCAGUACAACCCUAGAAAUUAUGUCAACUUGGAUUUCGAGCAGUCAACCGGUCGAUUUAAGGGGUUCUUCAUAUCAUUCAAAUCUUGCAUUGACGGAUUCAACCAUAUCCGCACAUUAUUGUUUCUUGAUGGAACUUUUUUAAAAGAGAGAUUUAAAGGCAAUUUGCUUGCAGCGAGGGGGAAGGAUGGCAACAAAGGUUUAUUCCCAUUAGCUUUUGCUAUUGUUGACUUCGAAACGAUUGCAAAUUGGACUUGGUUUUUACAGCAUCUGACAAAGGUUGUCAGUAGUGCUCGCACAUUAACUUUUGUAUUUGAUCGUAAUGCUGGGUUGCUUGAAUCUUUUCCUACUGUAUUCCCAUCUGCACACCAUGCAUAUUGCUUACAACAUCUCCAAGCAAAUUUAAGGGACAAAUUACGAUGGGUUGACAACCGGGGCAAACGGUAUGGGGAGAUGACCUCGAAUGCUGCAGAAUCGUUUAAUAAAUGGAUACUUGAUGCCCGUAAUUACCCAAUCACAAGCCAGACAAAUGAAGACAUAUACGAGGUAUAUUCAUUUCCAACGGUGUUGAUAGAUGUUGGCAAGCGUUCAUGUUCAUGUUUCCAGUGGCAAUUGAACGAAUUCCCAUGUGCACAUGCGGUGGUUGCCAUACAGAAUAAUGGAAGGGAUUUUAGUACAUGUGUUGAACAAUUUUUCACCAUCGAUCAGUACAAAACAGCUUAUUCUGGUUACAUUCAGCCAAUACCAACAGUUGACAAAUCCUCCUUCUCGGAAGAUAGCUUCAUCAUAUAUCCACCGACAGUUAAACGUCCUCAAAGGCGACCCAAGAAGAAUCGAAUACCAUUUCGGGAAGAGAAACUAAGUUAA